AUGAGUAAUUAUGGUAAGAUUAUUGUUAAUUUUAUUUUAUUGUUUUUUAGUAGAGUUAAUGGAGAUGCAUUAGGAUAUUCACAAGCUUCGGUUUCUAUUGUAGUUAAAGAAGUAUCGGGAUUACUAGCUAAAUGUGGAAAAAAAUGGAUUAGAUUUCCAAGAGCACCAAAUUUACAAGACACUAAGGAACAAUUUUAUUUAAUUGGUGAAUUUCCUAGUGUAAUUGGAGCUAUAGAUUGUACACAUGUCCCUAUUAAAAGUCCCGGAGCCGACAACGCAGAAAUGUAUAGAAAUCGAAAAGGAUGGAUGUCAUUAAAUGUUCAAAUUGUUUGUGGUCCUAAAAUGCAAAUUUUUGACAUAGUCUCCAGAUGGCCAGGUUCAGUUCAUGAUAGUAGAAUAUAUAAUAAUAGUCGAGUGAAACUUCUAAUUGAAUCAAAUGCUUUAGCUGGCCAUUUAAUUGGAGACAGUGGUUACCCUCAGAGUAAAUUUCUAUACACACCUAAACUCAAUCCAUCAACUGCAUCACUAAAUUAA